AUGGGUCGUGGUGAAUAUCGUAUGACCGACUCUUUUUCGGGCAAGUGGAGCGCAAUACGGACCAAGAUUAGCAAUUUCAACAACAUACAUAGUAAUUACGUCAAUAAUCUUAGAAGAAGAAGUGGUUCGAGCGACAUGGACGUUAUGACCGCCGCCCACAACGACUAUAGAUUGUAUCAUGGGUAUCCGUUUACGAUGAUACCUUCGUGGGAGCUUCUUCACAAAUCUCCCAAGUGGCAUCUUGUACCGUCGUUUGACCCAACUGCCCAUAGGUCAAAACGGCACAAAUCAACAUUCACUACCGAACCAUCCGAGUCCGAUGCUCGUACUGCUAUUAAUAUAAACGACGACUUCGACGAAUUUGAACAACCGCAAGAGCUGCCACGACCAAAUGGUAGGGAUAGAAGUAAGGAAGUUGCACGAACACGAGACACAUCUUCUUCAACGCCAUCAGAUGGCCUGUCAAGGGUGGACGAGUUCGACAAUAGACUCAACAGGCUUCUCUCGAUGAAGGAAAAUGAGCAAGAACUAAAAAUGGAGAAACAAAUCCAGAAAGACAUGGAAUUUCUCACGAAAGACUUUCCACACCUACUAGAGGAGGACCGAAUCAUUUUAGAGGCUCGUAAGGCACAAAUUCGAGCGAAAUAUAUGUAA